CGUAUCGAGGUAGGGAGGAAUGUUAAACGUCACUUAACUAUCUCUCUUUUUCAUAGCCUGACUGUAUUUCGCUAUCCUCGUCGUUCGAAAUUGUCAACGCGUCGAUUCCGCCCCCUGAUAACUCUCCGCCAAUCACGUAAAUCCACGACGCAGUUUCUCGAACGUACAGUACAAAUCGAGCUCCUAAACAUGAAAGACGCACAUUCGGCUCGUUACUCAACUUCUAACAAAGUGAAGUGAUUCUAAUGCUUUUCAAACAAGCAAUUCGCGGUAGCAUGCGACCGUCACAGUAACAUCAAUUGGUAUCAGAGUGUUUUGUUUUGAAGAAUAGCGUCAGCUUCAAGAUGAGUGCUCCUAUAAUCAUCACGGUACCGAACAACUACCUGGCGGUGGAUGAGGACACGAAGGUGGUUCUGGAGCCGGCGUCGCCCGCCCCGUCGCGGAAGCGCCGGCUGGACCACCUUUCCUGGGAGGAGAAGAUGCAAAGAAAAAAGCUGAAAAAUCGUGUGGCGGCACAAACGUCGCGCGAUCGCAAGAAAGCUAAGAUGGAUGAGAUGGAGUCUAAGAUCCAGGAGUUGGCUGACAGGAAUGAGCGGCUGUUAAGCGAGGUGGAAAGCCUCAAGGCGCUGAAUGAGCGUCUGUUGAGCGAGAACGCGGAGCUGCGCGCGGAGCGCAGUGUCUCGGGGGCCCGGGGACCGGCAGAGUCUACUCCUCGGCAGCAGGAGGGGCCCCCGACGGCACUGCGCGCGGCGCGUCUGCUGCUGGCGAUGUGUCUCCUCUCACAGACCUCCUCCAGCACCUCGAGUCCGAAGAGUACCUGGACACCUUACAACAGCUUGCCGACUCACUCUUCAAGGAAAUUGAUGCAGGCAGUGCAGGAGCGGCUCAAGAUGUCCCAGUGCGGGACACUGGAGAGCGCGCUGAAGGAGCUGAAGUGGUGGGGCCCGCAGCAGAGCACCUGGAACCCAGUGAAGGUGCAGUCGUAGACCUCAAGCACGACGUGCACAGGAUACUGACCCAGCACUCCUACGCGCACCCCUACACUGACGCGCCCGACACGGAGGAGCACAACGACAAGGGAGACAUGUUCUACGCCAGUCUACAGGAGAACUGCGUCACCGUUGAAGUGCCAUGUGAAGAACAAGUUAUUGAGGAAACUCAAGUCGACUUGGACUUCCCUGAGCUCACAAAAAGCAUUCCUAUUAAAGUCGAAACAGACUUUACAUCGCUCACCGAUGGCUCUAUAUCUCUAGAUGAUAUGAAAAUGCUGUCUCCUAUGAGCUUAUCCCCCAGAUCUGCAGACGAGGAUCUGUUGGCAGUGUCUCCGAGUCAUAGCUUCAGCGAUUUAGGAUAUGAUUCCAUGGCCUCACCGCUCAGUGAACCAGAAUCUAUGGAUUUGUCAGACUUCUGGUGCGAAUCCUUUUCAGAACUCUUCCCCGGCCUAGCGUAGGGACCGGUUCUGACAGCAUUUCACCAAAGACUGACUCGUUUUAAGAUCUAAGUUAUUGAAUUAAUAGUUAAGUUUAAAAUGACAAAGUUCUAUUUAAGUUGUAAUCGUAUUUUUUAUUGUAAGCUAAGUGCCUAUGUUUAAGUGUAGGGAUGCGUUUAAGUGCUGUGAAAUAAGUCAAAUAUAUCUGUUCUGUCGUA